AGAUAACAAAAGGAAAAAAAAAAAAAAAAUACCCUUCUCUUUCACGGCCCCUCAAUUUCUAUUGACUCCCCUCAAUUUGAAAGUUUCACCUUUCUCUCUCUCUUUCUCUUCAUAUAUUGAUCCCCCUCAAUUUCUACAGAGCUCUCCUUUCUUAUUCUCUAUCUCAAAUAUGAAAGACUCGUAGCGAGAGAGAGGGUGGUAGAAUCACACAGAAAGUACUAGCCAUGAAGGACACCAUAAGGUGUUGUAUCUCUUGCAUUCUACCAUGCGGAGCUCUUGAUGUAAUCAGAAUAGUACACUCUAAUGGUCGUGUAGAAGAGAUCAGUGGAACAGUCCGAGCUUGUGAGAUCAUGAAAGCAUAUCCAAAACAUAUCUUGAAAAAGCCAUCUGCACCAUCUGAUGAUGGGGUUGUUCCAAAGAUUGUUAUAGUCCCACCAGAUGCCGAGCUACAACGUGGAAAGAUUUACUUUUUGAUGCCAGCUCCACCAGCACAGGAAGCCAAGAGUUCUCGAUCAUCAAGAGGUUCCGGUACGAGAAAGAAAAGAAGAGAGAUAAGCAAUAAUAACAGAAGUGAAAGCAACAACUCGACCCAUCACGGUACCGACUCCAUUUCAAUGACAACAAACCUUCUCAUUUCUGAUCAGUAUUUGAGUGAGAUUCUAUCGGAAAAGAUAUCAACCCAGAGAGAUCGAAGAAGAGGCCGUGUUGGUGUGUGGAGACCCCAUUUAGAAAGCAUAUCAGAGGCACCAUAUGAUGCAUAAAUAAAAGAGUCCGGCUCAUGUCAAUGUGUAUAUAGAGGCAUAUAGAGAAAAACAAAAAUAAUGCAAAAGCUGGGGAAUCAAAGUUUGGACAUUGUGGAGACAAGAUGAUCAUCCAGAACAGCCGUGGUGGGAUUUUAAUUUGUAUCAUCAUAUAUUUUAAAGCUGUAUGUAGUUGCUUUGAACUUCAUUGAAGUUUGGGUUUCAAGAGCCACACAGGCAAUUCAUGGAAGCUAUAGUUUUGCAAUCUUGGAAGAUCACAAGCUCUUAAGAGGUGCAAGCAAAUGUUCUGUAAGUUCAGUUUUGCCGUUGUUGAUGGAUAGAGAGAUCCUACUUCUACUGUGCAUUGUACCAAUCAGAUUAGGAGAAUGAUUGAGAUAUAUAUGAUGAUUAUUACACUACAAUUGGAAUUCUAUAGUCACUGCCCAUCAUCUUGUUGAA